GGCAGAACUAUCCAGAUGUCUUUCAGUAAUGACCUGUGUUCAAUUUCCAUGUCCCAAAGAAACUCUGAUGACCUCCCUGAGACAACUUCCAGUGAUAAGAAAGGGCCUGUGUUGAGUUUUCACAAUGUCUCUUAUCACGUAAAAGAGAAGAAAGGCUUUCCAUUUGAUCAAAAAACAACUUAGGAAAAGGAACUAUGGAAUAUCAAUGGGAUCAUGAAACCUGGCCUUAAUGCCAUCGUGGGACCCCAAGGUGGAGGCAAAUCACUGUUAUUAGAUAUCUUAGCUGCAAGGAAAGAACCAAGAGUAUUAUAUGAAAAUCUUUGGGUACAUGAAGUACCUCACCCUGACAAUUUCCAAUGUCAUUCAGGAUAUGUGGUACAGGAUGAUGUCGUGAUGAGCACCCUGACAGUGAGAGAAAACAUGUGGUUCUCAGCUUCUCUUCGACUUCCAACAACUAUGUCAAAGAAGAGAAAAAAUAAGCGAAUCAAAAAGGUCAUUGAAAAGUUAGGUCUCUGUGAAGUGGCAGAUUCCAAGGGGCAUAGGAGCCAAUUUGCAAGUUGCUGUGAACCUCCACCAGGCAGUUCUGGUUUGUCAGCUCAGGGGCUUGAAGCUGUCUGCUUGGAGGGUGCAGUGUUGUAA